AUGGAGAGUUUUGACCCUAUUUUGGAUACUUCAAUUCCAACUAAAAGAUUAUAUCCUCUUAGGUAACAAUAGAGUGAAUCUGUGCCUCUUAUUAAAUCCAUAAACACAGAGGGCAUUCGCAAAAGGCUGAAGAGAGGAGUCCAAAAUAAUGAUGAUCCAGAUAUGUAAAUUACACAUUCGAAUCUGAAAAGACAAGCAUCUGAACCUUUGUAAAAGUUUACCAGACAGACGAUCCCAAUUCAAUACGAAAUCAAGUUAAAAAGAAUUAAUAUUCCAAAGGAUACUUCUGGAUUGUUCAAAUAGUUCCUACCUCGAUUGAGAGGGGCUUAAAUAGAAGGAUUUGAAGGACCUAAAAAACUAAAUAUCAAAUUGAACAAAAAAAGAGAGGAACAUGGCUUGCCUCCUAUCGAUCUAGAGUAACAGAGCCAAGAAGAUUUGAAUUUAAGAUUAAAAGACUAAGAGGAGCUCUUCAUUUAACUUCUAAAUUUAAAUCUAGAUGAAAGUCUUAAGAUAUAGAGACAUCAAUAUGAGACUAGAUAGAUUAGAUUGAAAAAUAUAAAAACUGCAUAGUUUAUCAUUCCUUCUAAAGAAGCAAUGGUCGAGCAAAUAAGUCUCUCAGAUUCACUACCAUUUUUGGACUAAUCUUAAGGAAAUAGAAGAGACUAGUAUUUGAAGUAGAUGUAGGAACAGGCAAAAGCAUAGAUUGAAUUCUAUUAUUAGGAGCUCUAAAACAAUGAUAGGACUAUACCCUCAGUACAUUUGUCUUAAGAAACAGCUGAAAACUUAGGAAAUACUCCGACAGCGAAUGGAUUCGAUCAAGAUUUAUUCAACAAGGCAUUGAAGGAGUUAUCACAAGUAAAUGGAGAGACAAUAGAUUAUUAAAAUCUAUCCAUUUUGCUUUACAUCACUUAGUAUGCUAUCUCUGACUUGAAAAACUCAAAGUCUAAAAAGCUUGACAACAUUAAAAAUAUGAAGAUAAAUCCCUAUGAAUUGAAAGAAAGAUUGAAGAAGAUGAUUGUUUGA